AAAUAAUAAUUUAUUGAUCUUUCGAGCCAAUCAGAUUAAAGUCACUCCCUCUUUACUGAACUUAUAAAUUCUCUGCAAAUUCUCAUCAACGUCAUUUUUGUCUCUCAAUUCGGUCCUUAGAUAUCAACCUGCUUCGUUCUCAAGUGACCAGUGAAUUCGUUUUACAAAGAUGGAAGAGAACAAUGCUACGAUGUCUAUAACGAGGCGAUGUGUGAUAGCCGUCUUAUGUGAAAGGACCAGUUUGUUUCUUCUCGUUACUGGAUACACUCUCCUGGGAGCCAUCAUUUUCAAGGCGAUAGAAGGAGGGGAGCCUCACGAUGUACCUGUUGAUUUCAAGAAAAGCAGAGAGGAUUGCUUGAAAGAGCUAUGGAUGAUAACAGAACGCCUGAAUGUUUUGUACGAAAAAAACUGGACCAAGCUGGUCACGGAACAAUUGAAGAGGUUCGAAAGAUCGAUAGUGGAAUCUGGUAGAAAUGAGGGUCCCUUCAGUGCAUCUAGAACACCCUGGACAUUUUGCAGUGCCCUUUUGUACUCCAUUACUUUGCUGACUACAGUAGGUUACAGCAAACUGUCCCCAAAAACGGUGCUGGGCAAAAUAUCCUCGAUGGUAUACGCCGUGGUGGGGGUUCCUUUGAUGCUGAUCCUGCUGUCGGCCCUGGGAGGCUUCUUGGCCAAAGAGGCCCAGCGGGGCUACUCGAGGAUGUGCUGCCAUCGCAAGGAGGGCGCGCUGAAGAGGUCCUCGUCCUCUGUGGGGUACCGCAAGGCUCCUACCAGCCCGACGGGGAGAUUGCGGUGUAGGUCGCACGAUGAUUCAGCAUCGAUACAAAUCGCCUUCCCCCCCGCUACCCCCAAUCACAUCACCAAACCUACCCUCAACCACCACGGCUCGCCGGCCCACCCCAGCCACCAGGACGUCCCGAGACGAGCCCUAUUGGCCCACGCCGACCACCAGGACGUCCCGAGACGGGCCCUAUUGGCCACGGUGAGACGGGGAAGAGGGGGCAAGACGCCGGUCGAAGCGACGCCUUGUCCGACGCAUUCUUGCCACGGGACGCCGCAGCGGGGAGGCAGAGGGGUAGUGUGUGAGGCGGACGAGGCUGAGGAUACUGAUGAGGGCGAGCUGGUGAUAUGUCCGGCGCACGACACCCCCUCCCGCAUCCCUCUGAUCUGGCGACCGCCCGAACCGACUCCAUCUUCCCCCACGAAGCCAUCUUCCGCCGACGCGCCAACACUGCCCGCCCUCCUCGUGCUCGUCAUCUUCGUCGCGUACGUCUGCGCAGGCGCCCUGCUGCUCUGUCGCACCGGCGAUUGGUCCUUCCUCGACGCCGUCUUCUUUUGCUUCACGGCGCUGUCGACGAUCGGCGUGGGGGAGGGGGUGCCCGGAGAGGGGAUGACGGAGUUCCAAGGUCAGGUGCAGGUGAUCGCGUGUUGCGCGUAUGUGUUCGUGGGGCUGGUGGUGGUGGCGAUGUGUUUCAGUUUGGUUUAUGAGGAGAUCGCGAUGAGGUAUCGGCAGAUUGCCAGGAAUGUGGGGAUACUGAGACAAUAGACUCUUUCAAAAUG